AUGCCGGAGGCUCCUCAGCGAUUAGCGACUCUCGGCCGUCGGAUCGAAAGUUCCUCGCAACACAGACCGUCGGAUCUCGAUCCAAAUCUUUGUGGGUCGUUGGAUAUUUACCUGAUCAACAUCAGCCGUUGGAUAAAAUUCCAAUUCCAACAGAACGUAAAUACAGUGCCCCCACCGGGGCAUUUUGGUCAUUUCGCGGAGGGGUGGUAUAAAAGGGGUGGCUCCCGUGGGAAAAACCCUAGCCGGCUCCCCUCGCGCGCGCCUCCUUUCCCCUCCCGCACGCCUCCUCUCCCCUCCUCCCACCCACAUCGCCGCUGCCGCCACCUACCGCCUCGAACCGCGCCGUCCGCGGCUAGAUCCGCCGCAACAGAGCCCCCUUCCAACAACGACGAGCAGCAGUGGAGGGAGGACGAGGAGCACGACGGUGGCGGCGGCGGGGAGCAGCAGCGGCAGGCCAAGGCGGCGCAGCAGGCAGCGGAGGGAGGACGAGGAGCACGGCGGCGGUGGCGGCAGGGAGCGGCGUACAACGCCGCCAGGGCCGUGCUGAUGAGUCCUCCUCCUCCUCCUUCCACCCCUGCAACCUCAACCGCCGCCCGGAACCCUACCGAUGGCGCCAUAGAUCAGAUCCUCCUCUCUCCUCAUCUCCCUCGCACUACACCAGCUGCAGGCCAUCUCCGACGAGCUCAUCCACGGGUCUCCGACUAUGCUGCUCCGAUCUGGAAGAAGGGGCCGGUGGAGCUGCUGCUGCUGCAGGUGGACGAGGCACGAGCUCUCAUGGCUCCUCCCUCCUCCUACCCCCUGACGUGGUGGACGGGCCCUCAUGGUUGCUGCACUCUCUCAUCGGGAGUAGGCAAGAGAAGUGUCAGCCGCCGAAGCAGACGAGCCGAGCCAUUAGUGGUUGCAUCUUUGACAUCCUUUCCUAGCGUGAUCGCCAGCAGAGUGCUCGAGUCUGGAGGGGCAGCAGACGGUGGUGGGCGCUUGCGCCGUCGCCAUCUCGUUCGUCCUGCCCGCCCGACCCCCGAUGCUCACUUCCCCGGCGUCGUCGCCGUCGUCCACAACCACCGCCACCGCGCCCCCACCCUCUCCCCAUCGCUGCAGGGGCCCACCUUCUCCCAAUCUCCUCAUCCUUCUCUCCCGUGGCCAGUGGAUUCGCCCCUCGCGGGAUCGAUUCUUGUGUUUGUAUUUGUUGGAUUGCUUGCUUAUGUCUAAUGAAGAGAGUAUAUGUCCUGCCGUAUACCUAGAACUCUUAUGUUUGGUUAAUUAUUUUGAUUUAGUUCCUUAGGUUAAUAUAAUUUUAUUGUGGUUUUUUACAGAUGUUUCAUUUUACCUAGGGAUAAAAAGUGCAAUAUAAAGGUUCAUUAAACAAACUGAACUUAUAUAUGAUCAUUUAGGUGCUGAAUUUGUCUAUCUGAACUUUAUUGGUACUGAAAUUAUCUCAUAUAAAGUAAGUGAUUCAUUUCCCCUCGAGUGGAUAAACAUAUAGUGGAAGAAGGGCUUCUAUGUCAUACCCAUGCCUUCAUAUUUAGUUCCAUGCUAAAGGAUCACUAAAUCUCGGCUCCUCCAUUGUUUUUCUUAUCAAACUAGAGGGCUUCAUAAAUAUUGUAUAUAUGUCUUACCAAGACAUUUUCUAAGUAACAUAGUGAGUUCAAAUUCUUUUUUCUGUAACCUUUGAUAGAAGGAUCCACACAUGUUUUGUUUUCUGCGUGUAUAUUUGUGCUACCAAGAUUGCAUUAUAUUUUUUUGAGUCCAGAGAGAUGGACCUUGCUCAUGAUGGCAGUCAGUGUUAUGUUUACUUGAUAAUCCUUAAUUUUCCAAUUCACAGCUUUGUGUACUGCUGUUAUACACACACUUCCAAAAGAAAUAUCAGAUUUUGUUCUUUCUUCUUUUAAAAUUAAAUAUGCUUGAAUUUCCUUUUGUCGAUUUCUAAACUCACCUUCCUGAUAGUUUCCAUACAUGCAUAUACCCUUUUUGGUCAUUAUAGAAAUAUAUUGUUUUAACGAUGCCUGUUAGCUACAUAUGUCAGAAUGUAACUAAUUAAUUUUACUUCUCGCGAAGUAUAUUUCUUUUGUUUCAAUAAGAAUUAUGCACAACUCGAUAUUUAAAGGUGCAUUUGUCUAAUUUUCUUUAUUUCAAAACUGCAUAUGCAGGAGAGGCUCACACUAAGGGAGGGCUAAAUUGUGAGAUAUCCUUGUUUGGUCCUUUCCAUAUACCUACAAGGCAUGAAUCAAGAUGGCAUGGUUUAUCAUUGAACUGAAUGCUUCCAUGGAACUUUGGUUUCAGGAGAGUUUCACUUCAUGUAGCGGCGUGGAUGUCCGGGGAAGUGGUUCCUCGCCGGCUGGAUGGCGUUCAGGCGCAACCCCGGCGCCCACUGAUUACUGGCUCGGCUACAACCUCCCUCGGUGAUCUCCAACUUCCUCCUGCUCCUCAAUUUCUGUUUGGGGAAUUCUUCAAUUGAUAAAUUGAAAUGACUGCUGGUUAGGUAAUUAGUUCACUGAAAAGAUAGGCCAUUGUCGUUUAAUAUAGUUUUUGGUCUCAUUAACAACACACGUUGGUGUCAAGACGAGCGACAUGGCCUGUUAUGAUCAACAACUUCUGAGUCAUAGGAUUUGAUGCAUUAUUCUGUGUGAAAAGGGGCAAUGAAUGCGUGAAUUAAGUUUUUUUGGUUUGAAGCAACUAGCAAUUUCUAUGUAUAACUAUACUAAUAGAUGAGAGCAUGUGUGCAUAUGUGGUUUUCAAGGAGAAUUAUGUGACCGUGGCGUUCGUGCUCGUCGGCGGGACGAUGCAAGGCGCAACUCCGACGCGGUCGCGUGGUGGAUGUGCGGUGUAGGAAGCGGUUCCUUGCCGGUUGGACGGCGUUCACGCGCAACCCCGGCGUGCAGUGAGUACUACCUCGGCUACAACCUCCCUCAGUGAGCUCCAUCUUCCUCCUUCUCCUCUGCUUUGGCUACUGUAUGGGACAUGGCCAUCCAGAGAUAAGAAUAGAAGCUCUCCUUCCAGCUCCUCAGCGAUUUGGGCUCCUGGCCGUUGGAUCUGCGCGCUUGAUGCGAUCCGAGCCGUCGGAUCGAGCCCUGGAACGACCUUGUCCAUCGGAUAAAAAAUAGUUACUGCUGGAAUGAACAGUUUCACCUAGACCGUGCCACCGCGCGUAAAUAGCCUGCCCCACCGGGGGCAUUCUCGCCAUUUCGCUUUGUCUGUGGCUGGCGUUCGUGCUAGGGCGAUGAUGAUUAACUGUGGCUGGAAUAAGUGUGCCUUUGAGCAAUCAAGGCACCUGUGGGUAUCAAGUUGGAUCCUCCCUGUUGUC